CCGCAACGCGCUGCUUGCUCGUCGCGCUGCCGCACCCUCCGCACACGACGCGCUCAGCCCCCAGCCACUAUGCACUCACGUACGCGCUCGAUCCGAUCAACUGAGGCGCCGAUGGACUUUGAGUUCACCUCCCGUCCUCAGACGACACCCGCCUGGGCUUCGUCCAGCGGAGAAGACGACCCUUCGACGCCCAAAAAACGUCCUCAUGAUGCUAUGACUCCAACGCCUCUAACGCCCUUGCACAACCCCAUCUUCGGUCAAAACCAGAACAUCCCGUUUAUCUUCGACACACCCACGCGUCCGCCCGCCGCACCUUACCCAUGGGCACCACCGGCCAGCUUCUCUCCGAUCAAGGCGUUUCCUUCGCCGGCACCCAUGCCCGAGGUCGAUAUGGGAGAAGCGAGUCCGCCAAAGCAGAGCGUGGAAGUGUCCAUGACGUCCGUGGAAGGUGGCAAGGACGGCAAGGGUGAGAACGAGAGCGAGGAUGGCAUUAUCGCUCCAAAUAGUAUGCGGAAGGUUGCCAUGGGGGGACUGCGGAGGAUCUUCAAGAAGCGGAUGCAAGAACCGCUUCCUGUCUCCAAGAUAUCCGAGGACCCGGCGGAGGGUGAUGCCUGGUCAGAGAGCGAGGACGAGGACCACAAUCAGCAACUGUUUCGUACGCCAAGGCGAGCGCGGACAUCUAAUCACUACACGCUCAAUAUGCCUGCGCCUGCGCCCCCACCAUCCGAUGUUCCAUACAUCCUGCUCGGAUAUCUGCAGUUUUUCUUCAAUCUAUCGUUGAUACUGCUAUUUCUGUAUCUGGCUGUGCAGUUCAUUUGGACUGUGCAACGAGAUGUCGAAGAAAGAAUAUCGGAGUAUUCUCUAGAUUUGGUGCAGGACAUCGCCAUGUGCGCUUUACAGCAUAGGAACAACUUUUGCGACAACCCUAUCCCGGCCGUUGCCGAUCAGUGUGCAGCCUGGGCAACAUGCAUGUCACGCGAUCCCACCAUUGUGGGAAGGGCCAGAGUCGGAGCUGAGAUGAUCGCGGAGGUCGUGAACGGGUUCGUGGAACCAAUCAGCUGGAAAACAUUGGCGAGUGAUAUCGAUUCUAUGUUUGCCGUGGAGUUCUCACGUAUGACGAAACCUUUUUCUGUGCUUCUUCCUUGACUUCCCUUUCGGAUCGCUCUCUCUCUCACGACGUCUUCGGUCGGUAAUUGCGUGUAUUUCCGCUGACGUUCUGGGUUGUCCCAAUCUGACUUGCGAUACGGCCCUGGACUUCGGCUUCGGCUACUUCUCGCCCACACGAAUGAUUGUGGUGCUUCUGAUUCUUGCCUCGGAUGCAUUCUCUUCGCGACUUCCCUCGGAUAUGCCAACAGGCAUUCACACUCAGCUCGCUUUCGUUCCUCACGGUCUUCGUGAACGCCCUGCUGUCGCUCUAUCGCUCGCGGCACGUCCCGCAUCCGGUUGUGAGUGCACCACAUCCUGCGCCGGCCUACCCGCAUCCUGCGCAGCACUUUGGGGGGUUCUUGUCCCCAGCGCCGACGCCGAGCUGGGGCCGCCGCCGCGAACAGGGGGUUCGAUGGGCGCCGGAAGAGGAAGUGGAGGCAACGCCGACCAGACGGAGACGGAUCGAGGGCGGGGCACUCAAAAUUCGAUAAUGGCCGCUAUGAGACGGUCUAGAACAUGGAUUGCUCUGGCUAUAUACAUAAGCUAUGGCUCUCAUUACCUACAGGAACCUACGGAAAUGGCAGUUAUUCACAGCACGGCAGCUUCCGCAUUGAACGCCACAUCCUUCUGCGAAGGACCCGGAACGUGGAUGAGCUAUAGUAAAGCUCAGCAUCGCUGGUUCGUUUCUACGCGGGCUGUGAUCGCAAGCCAAACGUGCGGGCUGGGCCGUCCAUCGAUCUCUGUCUUGACUCAUCUCGCAAUUUCCGUUCAGGGUUCAGGGCAUCGUCGGCGACCUGCCAUGCCAGUCCAUUUUAAGAUCCAGCUGAGGCCGCUUUCAACUUGGCUCAAGAUGCCUUUAUGACAUCCCCCUCGUUUGAGGAUCAUGAACUGGCUUUCAACCUCCAUAUGAUGGAAGGUUGCGUGACACGAUCCUUGCCCGCUGUUACGGGACCAAGUGCGGGGAAAUUCCGCCUGGCCUCGUGGGAAGACGGGAAAUCUGCCAUUUCCGGUGCCGCGGCUGUCACAGGGCUGUGCAUCGUUCCAUGAUCCGACACGAAUCGAUAACGGACACGCGAUGCGCGGAUUCAGGCUCAGAUUAAAACUCCGCCAUCGCGCCCGCCCGCAUCGUACUCCUUCUCUUCCUGCUUGGGUUUCUGGUGUGAACAGGACCGUCGGAUGACCCGAGGGAACCAGCGAGAUCAAGACCGCGCGAAGGCGCAAAAGAAGGCAGCUGCGAGCAAGACUAAGCCAAAAGAAAGCAGCAGUUCUCUGGCCAAGCGCAAGGAGGCAGACGCUGACGCCCUGAGGGCUAAGCAGAAGAAAAAAGAGGAGGAGAAAGCAGCAGGAGGGGCGGCAGGAGGAGGGAAAUAACGUCUGUGUUGAGUGCCAGGAUACCUACGUGUCACUUGCCUCUUUCAAUUCCAUUCUUUUUUGCUCCGAAGAACAUCCAUCCAAGAGUUCCCCGUCCGGCUCGCCGUCUUACUCCGUUUUACCACGGCCAUGUGUGUGGGGCAAAUUGAGUAGCCGGUCGGACGACGGAAGAUGAUCAGAUGAAUGGAUGCAACCGACGACCGUAGCUCGAGUGCUUCCGACCGGAGACGUUGUCCAAGGAUCCGAGAAGAGAUGGAUGGAUGUCCAUGGAGGGACAUGUGGAAAUAGCCGAUGUCUCAGCGCGUCUGGGAUCCUGGCAACCACAUGCACAGAACAUACUUGGACUGCAUAUGCGGGAGAACACGGUGGCUGCGUGCCAAGUUACGUUGAAGGGAGCGAGGGUAACGAGAUUGGUUAGUUCUGAUGGAUGAAACUAGGCCGAUGAUGGGAAUGGUGCACCCUGCGGUCCCUGAUAUACCUUAUUUCCUGAAGCGCAUCUUGCAACUGGCGGGAGAUUAUUGAUCCCCGGAAUUGCCUGACAGCGUGCUCAGGGGUGCGUUUUCGUGAGAGGGGGGUCGUGUGGGGGGAGGGGGGUCUGGAGGACGGCUGACCGCUCGAAGGGAGUCGAAGGCAUGUUCACCAGACGCAUAUCUCCGCAAAGCUUGCUUUGUAGAAAUCAAGAACACACGUUGUAUCACAGGGAACGACAAACGACGUGUCCGUUUGUUCUGUUUAUGAAACAAAAGUUCCGAGGGGUGUCAAGCUGUAUCAUAACAGUUGACAAGAAUCAGGUGGGCGCAUGGGGCUACGUGCGGUGGCUGUGCCAGGCUGGCAGGUGCUGUGGAAACAAGAUUACGUAAUUGGGAAGAUGGAAUCGAAGACGAGAAGCCCGCUAGCCGCGGGUGCCGGUUGACAGCGACAGUUGAUGGAUGACGCCAGCGCACAGCCUCUGAUGGCAGCUUGUUUGUCCUUAAACAGCAAAGCGGCAUUCUUAGCUUCCUGUAACAGCACAGAAGACAUAAAUAGUUUUCUCGGGCGU